CUUAUCGGUUCCCCUCUCUGGCCCUCCCGGCCUCACUCACCAGCAUCGGCUCUUCAGUCUUCACCAUGGCCGCCGCCCACCUCCUCGCCGCUUUGUCCUCCUCCACCGCCUUGCGCCCUCCUCUCCGCCUCCGUUCUCCACAGCAUCCACCACAUAUCCGCUUCAACUGUACUGGGAGGCGGCCGUUCCCGGUGGUACGCGCGGCUGAGACCGACGCCAAAAACGCGAAGGCGAACGCCAAGGCCCCGAAUAAGGCACCCGCGGCGGAUGGCUCCAGUUUCAACCAGCUGCUCGGUAUCAAGGGUGCUAAGCAAGAGAGCGACAUAUGGAAGAUCCGUCUUCAACUUACUAAGCCGGUGACAUGGCCUCCGCUUGUUUGGGGAGUUCUCUGUGGAGCAGCUGCCUCUGGAAAUUUCCACUGGACAGUUGAAGAUGUCGCAAAAUCUAUUGUAUGCAUGAUAAUGUCUGGUCCAUGCCUUACAGGAUACACACAGACACUUAAUGACUGGUAUGAUCGAGACAUUGAUGCAAUUAAUGAGCCUUAUCGGCCUAUUCCAUCAGGUGCUAUAUCAGAAAACGAGGUAAUAACCCAGAUCUGGGUGCUAUUGCUAGGAGGGCUUGGAUUGGGUGCUUUGUUAGAUGUGUGGGCAGGACAUGAUUUUCCUAUUGUGUUUUAUCUUGCUGUGGGUGGCUCCUUACUUUCUUACAUAUAUUCAGCACCACCUCUCAAGCUCAAGCAGAAUGGAUGGAUUGGGAACUUCGCUCUGGGUGCGAGUUACAUCAGCUUGCCCUGGUGGGCUGGCCAGGCGUUAUUUGGAACUCUUACACCAGAUAUCAUUGUCUUGACUACUUUGUACAGCAUAGCUGGGCUAGGGAUUGCUAUUGUAAAUGAUUUCAAGAGUAUUGAAGGGGAUAGGACUCUGGGGCUUCAGUCACUUCCUGUUGCUUUUGGGAUGGAAACUGCAAAAUGGAUUUGUGUUGGAGCAAUUGAUAUCACUCAAUUAUCUGUUGCAGGUUACCUAUUGAGCACCGGUAAGCUGUAUUAUGCCCUGGUGUUGCUUGGGCUAACAAUUCCUCAGGUGUUCUUUCAGUUCCAGUACUUCCUGAAGGACCCUGUGAAGUAUGAUGUCAAAUAUCAGGCAAGCGCACAACCAUUCUUCGUACUGGGCCUACUGGUGACAGCACUGGCAACCAGCCAUUAAUGAAGGCAAACUUAAACAGAACGAGCAACCGUUCUGAUACCGAAGAGGCACGUCUGGUGACCAUUAAUAAGCUAGCUGCUUGUGUGCAGGGUAGGAAGAGAACGUCUUUUUACUUGUAGAACACAGAUCGAUUUUGUAAGGGUUAUGUGGUGGGAGGAAAAGUUAGCAAUAGCACUGGAUGUUGUUGUAGUAGGAUCUGUAGUUGCACGGUAAGAUCGUUACUUCGCCAUUGUUAGCGGUUGAACUGGCAAUGCUUUGAACAAACAGUUUUGUGUAUCGGCCGUAUUGUUGUAUGAUCAACCCUGGAAGAUUGUAC